AUGUCAUCAUUUGGAAAGAAUAGCUCAUAUAGAGAUACUGGUGCAUCUCUUAAAGAAUUAGGUGAUUAUUUAGAUAGUAAACAAGAAGGAAAACCAACUCAUCAAAAAACUAUAGGUUUCGAUACAAAUACAUCACCAGUUUCAAUCCCAACUAUUAUUUCACCACCAUUGGGGUCAAAUAAUUCAAAUUAUGGAAAGAGCCCAAAAUCAUCAUACGAUAAUAAACAAACAUCACCAUUAUUAUCAGCAUCAAAUAAUAGAAAAAACAAUAAUAAUAACAAUAAUAAUAAUAAUGCCACUUCACCAAAAGAUUCAUCAAUUAUAGGUAAAAAUAAUGUAAAUUCAGAUUUAUCAAAAGUAUCAUCAUCAUUAAAUGAAUUGAAAUUUGAAAAACAACCAAUAGGUUCAACAUCUUCAACACCAACAUCCACUCCAUCAUCUACACCAUCAUCAUCAACUCCAUCAUCAACUCCAUCAACACCAAAUACAAAUUCACAACAACAACAACAACAACAACAACAACAAAAGAAACAACAACAACAACAACCAAAACAACCACAACAACCAAAACAACAAUCAAAGCAACAAGCAACACAACAAGAUAAAAAAGAUAAAGAACAACAACAACAACAACAAGAUAAACAAGAUAAAGAAUCAAAUGAAAUUAAAGGAUCAAAAGAAGUUGCUAAAGAUGGUCAACAUGGUGUUAAACAAUUCGAUGAUCCAAAGCAAAGGGGUAAAAUUACAAAGAAAAAGAUUAUAAAAGUUGGUGAAAGUUCAAGAUCCGUUCAAUUAUUUAAUCAUUUACCACAAUAUAAUUCAGAGUUUUCAAUGGGUGUAUCGGUAUCAACCGAUGAACCAAAUGAGAAAUAUCCAAUUCAUCCAGAUAUCAUUUCAUUGGGAUUAAAGUAUGCAGAGUUUAAGAUUGCAGGUUCAAAUGCACGUGCAAUCGCAAUGAUGACAGCAUUCAUUCAAAUCUUUAAGGACUACGUUGCUGCACCAGAUAAGGUUUACAGUAGAGAGUUGGAUAGCCUCUUAAAGAGAAAUAUUCAAUUCCUCGUAGAUUGUAGACCAAUCUCAAUCUCUAUGGGUAAUUCAAUCAAUUAUGUCAAACAUAAACUUUCACUCACCAACAAUAUGUCACACGAGGGUGCAAGAGAUUACCUCAUCAAAUCAAUCAAUGAAUUCAUUGAACGUAUUCAAAUGGCCGAUAAUGCAAUCGUAAAACAUGGUUGCUCAAAGAUUAAUGAUGGUGAUGUAAUUCUAACUUAUGCCUCCUCUCAUGUCGUAGAGUUGAUCAUUCAACAAGCUAUUCAAGAUAAAAAGAAAUUCCGUUUAAUCAUUGUCGACUCUCGUCCAAAACAUGAAGGUAGAGAAUUACUACAUCGUUUGGUUUUACAUGGUGUUAAAAUAACCUAUAUCAUGUUACACGCAGUCAGUUACAUUAUGAAAGAGGUUACCAAGGUUUUCGUUGGUGCUUACUCUGUUCUUUCAAAUGGUAAUUUAAUCUCUAGAAGUGGUACAAGUUUAGUGGCAUCAAUGGCUAAAUUCUACAAUGUUCCAUUCAUUGUUUGUUGUGAAACCUAUAAAUUCACUGAACGUGUUCAAUUGGAUUCAAUUUGUUUCAAUCAAAUUGGUAAUCCUCAAGAUUUGGUUCAAAAUUUAGGUGAAAAAGAAGGUUCAAAGAGUUUAUUAGAGAAUUGGGAAUCUUAUAGCACUUUAAAACUUUUAAAUUUAAUGUACGAUUUAACUCCAAUUGAAUUAAUUGAUAUGGUUAUCACUGAAUUCGGUAUGUUACCUCCAACUUCAAUUCCUGUAGUUUUAAGAGAAUAUAGAAAAGAGGUAAUUUCUAUAAAUUAA